AUGGGAAAGGUGCGGAGCAAUUUCAAAGAACUGCCAAUUGAGCCCCAUGGCAUCAUUUGGGAAGAUGACUUUGUCGAUGCCGAACACGAACAACGUCUCAUCUCCAUCUUCCUCAAUGAGCUGAAAUGGCCCGAUCGCCCUGGCCGUAUAUCCCUCCACUACGGCUACACUUUCGACUAUAAAACAUUUGGAAUAGACCCUGAAAUUCCCUACAAAGAGUUCCCGGAAUGGCUCCAACCACUCAUCCCGACUACCGAGGACCGACCACCAGACCAGGUCUGUCUGCAGUAUUAUCCACCAGGUGCUGGCAUCCCUCCACAUGUAGAUGCGCACAAGCCGUAUGAUCAGCUCUACGCGCUAUCUCUGGGUGCACCGGCUAUGAUGUUGUUCCGCAGGGGUGAGCAGCGGCUCGAGGUUGAUUUGACCCCGCGGAGCAUGAUGCAGAUGAGCGGGGACUCCAGGCUGCAUUGGACGCAUGGCAUCAAAAAGCGAAAGACGGAUACCCUUCCAGAUGGAACCAUUAGACCGCGUGAAAAUCGAUGGAGCAUUACUUAUCGGUGGCUCAGAGAGGGAGAAUGUGAAUGUGGGAACCUUGAGCUGUGUGAUACUGCUCAACGACGGAAUGGCGUUGAGAAGGAGAAGAGAUCAGUCAAGGAGUUGGCUGAGAAGGCAGCUGCUGAAAAAGUGAAUACUGAGCAGCCAGCUGCAACAGUUGCUUGA